ACUGCGCAUGCUCGAGGAAUGGUAGUGCGCAAUGUUUUGAAAUCGUCAAAUAUGUCUGGCGAAGCGAUGACAAUGUCCAACAUUCGUCACCCAAGCAUGAACAAUUCAUACAAUAGCUGCGCUUCAGAAGAACGAAUGGACGUUGAAAUAGACGCUGGUCACGCUGGAACAGACCGAGGGAACUUGGAGACGGAAACACGAGCAAUCUGUUCAUCAAACGGUAGUGGCGGGGAAGAGGAUGAGACGGAGGCCGCGGAUCAGGAAAGAGAAGCCUCGGGCUCGAGUACUCCACGCUGCGGGGAUGGAGUGGUGCACGGUUUCGGAAGAGAACAGGAGGUGUCGGUGGACAUCGGAGAGACUUACUUGUGUCAGCGGGCGGACAAAACAUGGCAUUCAGCAGAGGUUAUUCAGUCCAGGCUAAAUGAGCAGGAGGGCAGAGAGGAGUUUUAUGUACACUAUGUUGGAUUCAACAGACGUUUGGAUGAAUGGGUUGGAAAAGCUCGUUUGGCACUGACAAAGACUGUAAAAGACGCAGUAAGAAAGAGUGUUGAGGAAGGAGGUGGAGUGGAGCUUGGGGACCAGCCUGAGAGGAAAAUCACCCGGAACCAAAAACGUAAACAUGAUGAGAUCAACCACGUUCAGAAGACUUAUGCAGAGAUGGACCCCACCACAGCAGCCCUGGAGAAAGAGCAUGAAGCUAUCACAAAAGUAAAAUAUGUGGACAAGAUCCAGAUUGGUAACUUUGAGAUUGAUGCAUGGUACUUCUCUCCCUUCCCUGAGGACUACGGAAAACAGCCUAAACUUUGGAUCUGUGAAUACUGCCUGAAGUACAUGAAGUAUGAGAAGACUUUCAGAUACCACCUGUCGCAGUGUCAGUGGCGUCAACCCCCAGGCAAAGAGAUUUAUCGCAGAAACAAUAUCUCAGUGUAUGAGGUGGAUGGGAAGGACCAUAAGAUCUACUGUCAGAAUCUUUGUCUACUGGCGAAGCUCUUUUUGGAUCAUAAAACGCUUUACUUUGAUGUUGAGCCAUUCAUAUUCUACAUCCUCACUGAAGUCAACAAACAGGGAGCACAUAUUGUUGGUUAUUUCUCCAAGGAGAAAGAGUCCCCUGAUGGGAACAAUGUUGCUUGUAUUCUCACUCUUCCUCCAUACCAGCGAAGAGGAUACGGAAAAUUUCUAAUUGCAUUCAGUUAUGAAUUAUCUAAAUUGGAGAGUAUGGUGGGGUCUCCAGAGAAGCCUCUGUCAGACUUGGGGAAGCUGAGUUAUAGGAGUUACUGGUCAUGGGUACUGCUAGAGAUUCUACGAGACUUCAGAGGGACAUUGUCUAUAAAAGACCUCAGUCAAAUGACAAGUAUCACACAGAGUGAUAUCAUCAGUACACUACAGUCUCUGAACAUGGUCAAGUACUGGAAAGGUCAGCAUGUCAUAUGUGUCACGCCCAAACUUGUAGAGGAACAUCUCAAAAGUGCCCAGUACAAGAAACCACCAAUAACAGUGGACACACAUUGUCUGAAAUGGGCGCCUCCUAAACACAGGCAAGCUAAGUUCUCCAAAAAAUGAAGUGAUAUGAACGUCAAAACAAUGAAGAGAAUGAGACUGCUUCAUCCCAAACUUUGAUGGACAUCCAACAGCUUACCUAAAUGUCAUGUAGAAAUACUUUCUCUAAGAGAGAAGAUUGUACAUUUUC